GAGUGGGCGCCUGUGGUUGCAGUUGGCUUCGGAUUUGCAUCUUUCGGCAGGGGGAGAGGAGGCGGCGGCGGGCGAGGCCGGGGAGCUCCGCCAGCGGCAGGCGCGGGGACUGGAGCUCCAGCCUCAGCUCCGGGAAGACCGGCUGCGGGUUGGGCAGAGCCUCUGGGCGCGGGAUGGAGUGAAGCCGCGAGUGGCUCUCCGAGGGGGUGGGUGGGAAGGGGUCGGCGGCGCAGAGGAAGCAGAGACGCGCGGGGUGGAGGAGCGGCGGCGGGCGCCUGCGAAUUUGGGAUUCCGUUCGAAGAGACCGCUUACUCGGGGGAAAUGGAUUCUAUACCACUGCUGAUCAGCGUUUUCACUUUGCUGUUCCCUGGCUUGUGGCACUCAGGAUUCACAGCGACAAAUUACAACUGUGAUGACCCCUUAGCGUCCCUGCUCUCGCCAAUGGCUUUUUCCAGUUCCUCAGACCUCACUGGUACUCACAGCCCGGCUCAGCUCAACUGGAGAGUUGGCACCGGCGGGUGGUCCCCAGAAGACUCCGAUGCUCGGCAGUGGCUCCAGAUGGACCUGGGGAGCAGAGUGGAGGUCACAGCGGUGGCCACGCAGGGAAGAUACGGGAGCUCCGACUGGGUGACAAGCUACAGCCUCAUGUUCAGUGACACAGGACACAACUGGAAGCAGCACCAACGAGAAGACAGCGUCUGGACCUUUGCCGGGAACACGAACGCGGACGGCGUGGUGCACCACCGGCUGCUGCACCCGGUGAGGGCGCGCUUUGUGCGCUUCGUGCCGCUGGAGUGGAACCCGAGCGGGAAGAUCGGCAUGAGGGUGGAGGUGUACGGAUGCUCCUACAAAUCUGACGUGGCCGACUUCGACGGCAGGAGCUCCCUCCUGUACAGGUUCCAUCAGAAGCUGCUGAGCACGCUCAAAGAUGUGAUCUCUCUGAAGUUCAAGAGCAUCCCAGGAGAUGGGGUUCUGUUCCACGGGGAAGGGCAGCGUGGGGACUACAUCACCCUGGAGCUCCAGAAAGGGAGGCUCGCCCUGCACCUCAACUUGGAUGACAGCAAAGCCCGGCUGGGCAGCAGCCCCCCAUCAGCCACCCUGGGCAGCCUCCUGGAUGACCAGCACUGGCACUCGGUCCUCAUCGAGCGGGUGGGCAAACACGUGAACUUCACUGUGGACAAGUACACGCAGCACUUCCGGACCAAGGGAGAGGCAGAUGCCUUAGACAUUGACUACGAGCUUAGUUUUGGAGGAAUUCCAGUUCCAGGCAAACCCGGGACCUUUUUAAAGAAAAACUUCCAGGGCUGCAUGGAGAACCUCUACUACAAUGGAGUCAACAUCAUUGACCUGGCUAAGAGGAGAAAGCACCAGAUUUACACCGUGGGCAAUGUCACUUUCUCCUGCUCCGAGCCACAAAUCGUUCCCAUCACAUUUAUCAGCUCCAGUGGCAGUUACCUGCACUUGCCCGGCACCCCCAAAAUCGAUGGGCUCUCUGUGGGCUUCCAGUUUCGAACGUGGAACAAGGAUGGCCUGCUUCUGUCCACAGAGCUGUCUCAGGGCUCGGGGACACUGAGGCUGAGCCUGGAGGGCGGGGCCCUGAGGCUGCUGAUCCAGAAGGCGACCGAGCGCGCGGCCGAGAUCCUCACAGGCAGUGACCUGAACGAUGGCCUGUGGCAUUCGGUCAGCAUCAACGCCAGGAGGACCCGCGUCACUCUCACCCUGGAUAACGAUGCUGCGUCCCCCACUCAGGACACCACCCGGAUACAGAUUUAUUCUGGAAAUAGCUACUACUUUGGAGGGUGCCCUGACAAUCUCAGCGCUUCCCAAUGCUUAAAUCCUAUUAAGGCUUUCCAAGGCUGCAUGAGACUCAUCUUUAUUGAUAACCAGCCCAAGGACCUCAUUUCAGUUCAGCAAGGUUCCCUGGGGAAUUUUAGUGAUUUACACAUUGAUCUGUGUAGCAUCAAAGACAGGUGUUUGCCAAACUACUGUGAGCACGGAGGAAGCUGUUCCCAGUCCUGGACCACCUUCUCUUGUCACUGCGGUGACACCGGCUACACUGGCCCCACCUGCCAUCACUCCCUCUACGAGCGAUCCUGCGAGGUGUACCGGCACCGAGGGCACACGGCUGGGUUCUUCUACAUCGACCCGGAUGGCAGCGGGCCGCUGGGACCUCUCCGGGUGUACUGCAACGUCACAGAGGACAAGAUCUGGACCUCGGUGCAGCACAACCACACGGAGCUGACGCACGUGCAGGGGGCCAGCCCCGAGCAGCCCUACGCGGAGGCCCUGGACUACGGGGGCAGCGCGGAGCAGCUGGCGGCGGUGAUCGACGGCUCGGAGCACUGCGAGCAGGAGGUGGCCUACUACUGCAGAAGGUCGCGCCUGCUCAACACCCCAGAUGGAGUGCCCUUUACGUGGUGGAUUGGCCGGUCAAAGGAAAGACACCCUUACUGGGGAGCUGUUCCCCCUGGAGCUCAGCAAUGCGAAUGUGGCCUGGAUGAGAUCUGCCUGGACAUUCGGCACUUUUGCAAUUGUGACGCAGACAAGGAUGAAUGGACAAAUGAUACUGGCUUUCUUUCCUUCAAAGACCACUUGCCCGUCACUCAGAUAGUCAUCACUGACACCAACAGAUCAAACUCGGAAGCUGCUUGGAGAAUUGGUCCCUUGCGUUGCUAUGGUGACCGUCACUUCUGGAAUGCUGUCUCGUUUUACACAGAAGCCUCCUACCUCCACUUUCCCACCUUCCAUGCGGAAUUCAGCGCGGAUAUUUCCUUCUUUUUUAAAACCACGGCUCUGUCUGGAGUUUUCCUAGAAAAUCUUGGCAUUACAGACUUUAUCCGAAUUGAAAUAAGCUCUCCUUCCGACAUCACUUUUGCCAUCGAUGUGGGGAACGGCCCCGUAGAGCUCGUAGUCCAGUCUCCUUCUCCUCUGAAUGACAACCAGUGGCACUAUGUCCGGGCCGAGAGGAACCUCAAGGUGACCUCCCUCCAGGUGGACAGCCUCCCAAGGACGAGCAGGGAGACCUCGGAGGAGGGCCAUUUCCGACUGCAACUGAACAGCCAGUUGUUUGUAGGAGGAACAUCAUCCAAACAGAAAGGCUUUCUAGGAUGCAUACGCUCCUUACACUUGAAUGGGCAGCGACUGGACCUGGAAGAGAGGGCCAAGGUGACAUCUGGAGUCCGACCAGGGUGCCCGGGCCACUGCAGCAGCUACGGCAGCAUCUGCCACAAUGGGGGCAAGUGUGUGGAGAAGCGCAGCGGGUACUUCUGCGAUUGCACCAGUUCUCCCUAUGAAGGGCCUUUUUGCAGAAAAGAGGUUUCUGCUGUUUUUGAGGCUGACACUUCAGUUACUUACACGUUUCAAGAACCUUACCCGGUGACCAAGAAUCUAAGUCAGUCAUCCUCAGCAAUUUAUGCAGAGUCAGCUCCCUCCAAGGAACACAUUGCACUUAGCUUUGUGGCAGCCCAUGCACCCAGCCUCCUGCUCUACGUGAAUUCCUCUCAGGACUUCCUGGCUGUCCUGCUCUGCAAGAACGGAAGCUUACAAGUUCACUAUCAGCUGAGCAAGGAAGAAACCCAUGUGUUCACCAUUGAGGUAGAGAACUUCGCCAAUAGACGGAUGCACCACUUGAAGAUUAACCGAGAGGGAAGAGAGCUUACCAUUCAGAUGGACGAGCAGCUCCGGCUCAGUUACAACUUCUCCCCGGAAGCGGAGUUCAGGGCUGUGAGGUCCCUCACCUUGGGCAAAGUCACAGAGAAUGUCGGAUUAGACUCUGAGGUCGCCAAAGCGAACAGCCUGGGUUUCGUGGGGUGCCUGUCCUCAGUCCAGUACAACCACAUCACCCCACUGAAGUCAGCUCUGCGCCACGCGGCCACCGCACCGGUGACCGUCCAGGGGACCUUGACAGAGGCCAGCUGUGGCUCCGGGAUGGACGCCGAAGUGGAUGCGGUGACCACGGUGCAUUCCUCCUCAGAUACGUUUGGGAAGACAGAUGAGCGGGAACCCCUCACCAAUGCGGUUCGAAGUGACUCGGCUGUCAUUGGCGGAGUCAUUGCAGUGGUGGUAUUCAUCAUCUUCUCCGUCAUCGGCAUCAUGACGCGGUUCCUGUACCGGCACAAGCAGUCACACCGUGCUAACCAGAUAAAGGAGAAGGAAUACCCGGCGAACUUGGACAGUUCCUUCAGAAACGACAUUGACUUGCAAAAUACAGUCAGCGAGUGUAAGCGGGAAUAUUUCAUUUGA